AUGACUUCUUCAGACAGGGAAGACUCGCGCGACAGGGAGCUUGUCAGGCACUCACAAUCGUUCGGUGACAGAAUGAUUCCCAUGUGGGACAGUGCUGAUCCCGACCGAGCUCCACCACCACUACCUUUGAAUCCUGGGUCGCCAAACCUCACAACUCGUCCGGGAGCUUCAGCCGCCAUUAUGCAGGCCGCCAAAGCGCUCGAGGAGAGGGCGCGGGAGAGUGCGCCCGCAAGCUCGUACACCACCAAUCCUAUGCCACUUCCACUUGCAUCCAAGUCGCCCGAGCGGUCACUCGUAAAGGGCACAGCACACAAGCGCAUGCAGUCGUUACAGCCCGGCAGCGUUCGCGAUCUUCGCAGCUAUCUCGACACACAUCGGUCGCCUGAGCGAUCUCCCGAACGACCAACGGAGCGGCCGAAGAGCAGAUCCAACCAUUUCUCGCGUGACAUGGACAAGGACUACUUUGGCAGAGACUUUGAUCUGAGUCCAUCGCGACAUGGUGCGCCGCAAGGUACAUCUACGCCUACACCGCCUCCACGGUUCGAGAUCAAAGAGACACCGGCGCUGAGGCCCAGUCAUCGAGCAAUUCUCGGCGAGAACACGCCUCCUUCAGCAACUAUGCAGGCUCUGCAGAACAUGUCCAUUCCCGCGCACAUGCUCGACCCACCGCUUUCAAACAUCACCAACUCGGCGACGAAGUCACCACCAGCGCCGGCACAAGGACCUGCUGCGCCGCCGCCACCACAGGGUCUCGACUCCAUUGCUAGUCAGCUCGUCAGCAUCAACAACAUCGUCUCAAGUCUUCAAAAAGAUAUGUCUCAGCUCAGUCGGCGCAGCAAAGACAAUGCUACCGACCUCAUCAGUCUCAAGGAAGCCACCAACACACGAGACGAGGACAUUCGGAAAUCACUCAAGGAUCUCCUCACAACCAUGUCACAGAAACAACAAGCCAUGGCAGCAGCGGCGGCGGCACACACCGAGCAACCUCGCUCGAGCAGCCUCAACCUCCAAGAUCCCCACAUGACACCUACGAAGCAAUUCACCUUUCCACGAAUGUCCUCACCUAGUGGUUGGGACGAGCGGAUAGGCAGCCCCAAUCCUUACUCGGUGGAGGGUGCUGCGAGUGUCGCGAUGCUGGAGAAGAUCAUCCGUGAGAUGGUCACAAAGGAUGGCCAGGAACGUCUCAUCAACAACCUCCAGACUCUAGUCGACAAGGCCACCGGCGAGACGGCCAAGAAGGUGACAGAGUUGGUGGAGUUUGUCAAGCAAGGUUCUGCCGUUAAUGGACUCAAGUCUGAUGCUGCACCCGGAUCUGUCUCCUUCCAGCCUUCGCCAGGAUCGGGAGCUCUGACGCGAACCAUGUCCGAAGGAUACUCGCUACGCGACGCCUCCGAGGCCAGCAAGCCUUUUGCUAGCCCGAAGGCGGCUGACUUUGUGAGUGAGGAGAUGCUCAAGUUCUUGCGCAAGAUCAAGGAUAGUGUUGCGGAGUCGGGUUGCGUCACAAUGGCUACCAAAACACUGGUUCAAGAUCUACGGGGUGAGGUGCUCGGCAUGGGUCGAGAACUUGCUCGCAAGGUCGAAGAGGCAGAGCAGACUAGGUCGAUCGAGGGUGGCGGCAACUCAAACCACGCCACUCAGGAGAUCAACAGCAUUGUUCAGGAAGGUCUCGCAAGCCUCAAGGAACACAUGGACAAGGUCAUGCGAGAGAGGCGCCGGCAAUCCGUCUCCUCCAAUGUCACGCGUAACACAGUCGAUAGCAAUGAGGUAUACGAUGUCGUCAAGCACGCCCUUGCAGAGCGAGGCUUGGAUAACUACUCUGCGCCAGGUGCAGCACUCGACAAGGAGGCUAUUGUCAGCGCGGUCCGCGAAGCGUACGACAGCGUCGAAAUGAAGCCAAAUGUCGAAAUACAACAAUUUGGUCUGGAACGAGAAGAGAUUCUCCAGUGCCUACGUGAGGGCCUCCAAGACUACAACGGAUCCGGUGCCGUUACCAAGGAGCAGAUUGAGGAAAUCAUCCACAAUUCCCUAGAACAGAUGCGUCUUCCAGCUCCUGUGAAUGAAGCGCAAGAAGUUCGAGAGGAGAUUCUGGAAGCUGUUCGUGAGUGCUUGGAGGAUAUGAAGCCUUCUUUUGCUGCCCAGCAAUCUUCCUCGGAACCGUUGACGAAGGAGGUUGUCCUUGCUGUUAUUAUGCAAGCACUAGAAGAACACCAGCCCCCGCCCCAGGAGAUCGAUAUUCCCUCGGAGCCCAUCUAUGAAGCGAUCAAAGCUGCCAUUGAUACGUCCAGGCCCGAGAUCGAGGCUCAAAACCAAGCUGUCAUGCAACGAUUACAGACUUUGGUGGACGAGAUGCAUUCCGAGUUCAAAACAUAUGCAUCUGCCAGCGGAAAUGACACUGAAAAGGUCCUCGGCGCGCUUCGUGACGGUCUAGACGGGCUACGUGCGGACAUCAAGGGUACUGCACUUACGACCACCCGGGACAUACCAGAGAAUGAAGAGAUUGUCGAGAGCAUGCGUGUAGAGCUCGAAAAACUACGACAAGAUGUCCAAGCUUACGUUGCCGAAGGACCUCGCGGAGAUCAUGUCUGGAAACGUGAUGACAUGGUAUCUUACAUCAAGUCAGAGUUUGAGCAACUUCACAAAACAGUGACCACGCAAUUCGGCUCUGCUGGAAAGGGUAACGAGGAGAUUCUCGCAGCGCUGAAUGCUGGAUUCGAAGAGAUGAAGUCGCAGGUCGCCAUCAGGGAAGAAGAGGAUCCAGAGUCCAGCGAUGACAUCAAUGAGGCCAUGAAGCACGAAUUCGAUCAGCUUAAGGAGGUUCUUCUGGGCGACACAUCGAGCAACAAGAAUGACAUCCUGGAGAAGUUGCAGGCAGGUUUCGAGGAUCUUCAGGCUGCGCUCGGCGAGAAGCAAACUUCGGCUACAUCAAAUGACGAAAUGAUUGCUUCCCUGAAAGAAGAAUUCGAGCAUCUCCGCGAAACUCUGGGUGCUUCACUCAUCAAGUCUGGCAGUGCCGACAAGGACGACAUGCUCGACGCAGUUCGGGAGCUCAUCGAGGGGUUGCGUUCCACUCAAGAAACCACCUCCAAGGAAAGCAUUGCUAUGCUGCAAGGCGACUUGCAGAGCCUAAAGGACUCAUUGUGCAACGCACUCGUACCAGCUAGUGACAAUGACAACAAGGUCACUCUCGAGGCUAUCAAGGUAGUGCUCGAGGAAAUCAAGUCUGGUGGUGUGAAUGCAGAGCUCCUGGAAGCAUUACAUGGCGAGUUGGAGCAACUACGCCAAUCUGACAUAAUCACCCGCCAGCAUUCCCGUGCUGAUACGGAGGAAGUCUUGGAAGCUCUACGUCUCGGACUUGACGAUCUUCGUUCGCAUCUGGAAAAGAAGAUCGAUGGUCCUGAACGCCAAAUGUCUGCUGGCGGUGAGAUUAUUGAUGCCAUGAAUGAUGGACUCGACAGCCUGCGCGAAGAUGUCGGGAAGCUUGCCGAAAAGCCCGUGGACAUGACUGUAUCUUAUGAGAUUCUCGACACUUUGAAGGACGGUUUGGCCAGUCUGCGAGAAGACAUCAACAGCCUCAAGGCUGUGAGACAUGACAAUCCUGUGGAAGAAAACGCCGAGGAGAAUGUCAUCCCAGCCGGUAAUGAGGUGAUGCGUGUCGAAGAUCUCGACAACGUUCAGGCCGCUGUAAGUCACGAGAUUGUCGAAGAUGGAUCGCAGCCACAAGAUCUCGAGAGGGUGGAGCCAGGUCAUGACCAUGGCCUCGAGAGGAUGGAACUCAUCCUAUCUCAAAUCCAAGGAAAGGUGGAUGCUAUGGAUGCCAAUUUCCAGAAUGCAGUACCAGCCGCCCCAGCAUCUGAGCGUGGCGUCGAGUUCACCAUCCCUGAAGGUUUGGUCAAGAAAGAGGACCUCUCCGCAAUCGAAGAACUUCUCAAGGAUGUCCAGGCUGCCGUACUUCUCAUGCAGGAUCGCGAAACAGCCCCUCCUGAUCUCGAAGGUUUUGCCACAAAGGAGGACACUGACGCUAUCGAGAAUCUUCUUGCAAACACCAAGGCAAAGAUUGAAGAGAUUGUGCUUCCCGACCCUGCGACUGCCGUCACCAAGGAGCACCUUGAGGACGUCGAACUUGUUGUGCGUACCACAUCUGAAGCGCUUGAAACCCUUGCAAAGAAGAUUGAAGACGAAGGUGCCACCAAGGCCGAUGUGACUGUGGUGCAGGUCAUUGCGGACGACAUCAAGGUAGCGCUCGACGAAAUGAAAGCUGCUGCCGCAGCACCCGAGGACGAAGAAAACCGCAAGGCCACCAAGGCUGACAUUGAUGCCGUUACGCUUCUCGUUGAUGAUUUGAAAGUUAAGUUGGAUGAUUUGAAGAUCCCAGAUCCAGAAGAGCUUCCAUCUAAAGCUGAAGUCGAGCAGCUGACAGGGUUGAUCCAUGAUUUCCGUGAGAGCCAUGACAAGCUACGUGAUACCUACGAAGAGGACAUCAUGAAGACGGCAAAGAACUUUGACGAUCGCCGCCUAGAAGCUGAAGCUGUCGUUGAGAACAUUACCGGUGUCAAGGUUGCGCUCGACGAGAUGAGGGAGGAGAUCCGAACAACUCUCAUCGAAGGCGGGCCCCUUGAGAGCUUGAAGACCUCCUUUACAACUCUUGAGGAGACCAUUGGAGCUAACAAUGUCACCCCCGGUGUGAAAGAACUGAUGGAGACGGUUGCCAGGGAAUUUGAGCGCGCUCAUGGAUCGAUCGAAGGACUACAAAACGACCAUUCUGAGAAGUCGGCUCUCCACCUUGAGAAGCACGAUGAAGUCAAGGAUGCCAUUAUUGCUGGAUUUACCGAGAGCCUAGAAGACAAGUUCAAUGUGCUCAUGGCCAAGUACGAUGAUGCACAGCUACUGGCUGAUGAGCAAGCAAGGGUCAUGAAGGAGAAGGGGGAAGCUCAAGAGAAGAUUCUGGAGGAGACCAAGGCCAUGGCUGACGAGUUGCGCUUGACCAUCGACACGCUCGGGGCUUCCAUCACUGGAAUGAACUCUCAGAUCGAAGAAGCAACCACCAAAAUGACAACAGACUCCACAAACGCCAUCGGCAAGAUUGAUGAGACUAUGGCCAAGUUCGAAGAGCAGAAGCUCGAGGACAAGGCUGAGCAUUCGCACACUCGCGAUGAGAUCAAGAAUGUGGAGACCAUCUUCAACAACCUUCAGGAUAACAUCACAGAGUACCAUCCCAAGUUUAUGGUUGCACUCCGUGAGAUCGAAGCUCUCGUCAAGGCUCACUAUGAGCAUGCACAAAAGGCAAAGGAAGAGGCUGACGAGCAUGCCCGUGCUUGGAAUGAGGAAAACAAGGCCCGGUCUGAGGAGCUCCAAACGCACUUUGCCAAUCUACCCAAGCUUCUACCUGCCCCUGUAGUAGAGCCUGAGAAGUACGACGAUGCUCCAGUUCAGGAAAAACUCGACAAGCUUCUUGCCAUUGAGCCCCCAGAAUACGUACAAUGA